GUAGUUUCCUGCAUGUGACCUAAAACGUCCUCCAGAAAAACUUCAGACAGUAUCAGCCUCUCGGUUGUCCCCUCAAGUUUGUAGGAAAGCCUUAACUACCUCAGUGACGCAAGCCAGAGCUACAGAAAUGGUUUUCGAAGAUAAAAUGAUCACUAAUGGAGAGCCUGACGACGAGGAGGAAGAGGAGGGAGGGCCUGAGGAAGAUGAAGGUGAGGAGGAAGAGGAGGAAGAAGAUAUGGUGGACCCCUUAGAUGCAAUUCGGCAGAAAUGCGAGCAGACGGAACACUGUGUGCAUGUGCGGGAAAGACUGGAGGCGUGCGAGAGCAGGGUGAACUCGCGGUCGCGCACCGAGGAGGACUGCACAGAGGAGCUCUUCGACUUCCUGCACGCCCGGGACCACUGUGUGGCACACAGACUCUUCAACUCUGUAAAAUGAAGGCUUACAAUCACUUCCAGGGGUACCGUACAGCUGUGGAAUAUAAAUACAAGAAAUUGUUGUAUCAACAAAAGAUCAUGUAUUGUUUUCCCUUGACCGAUUCUCAGGCAUGCCUUCUUAUCAAAGCAGGGCUAAUAUUUAAUGUGUACUAUUUUCAAUAAAUUCAAGUUCUUAUUAAACCUCC